ACACGGCCGGGGUGUGGCCAGUUUCGUACUUCCUAACGCGUCGCUAGGAGCGCUGUACUCCAAGCGGGCCGAGGUGGUGGGGGACAGUUAGAGAUCCGAGCAGUGGGCCGAGCCACAAGCCUUCUCGCUGGAAAACCCAGAGAAAGUUGGUUGCCGAUCCGACGUCCUCCGUAACGACACGAAGCUCAAAUCUUCUGUCGAAGCGUCCAGGAAUUCAGCGUCUGCAAUCCGGGCGAGGAAACUUUCGUCAUGUCCGCCAGGGGCGCUAGGGGCGCUCGCAGGCAGUCAGGCAAGGCCGCUUCCAAGCCGAGCACCGAAGUUACCUCGAGGAUGGCCUCGCUGCCGGAUGACCUGCUGCUGCGAGUCUUCGGCUUCCUGGACGACGCCGCGUCGCUGCUGGACCGCGUGCCGCUGGUGUGCCAGCGCUGGCGGCGACUGUCGCGCGACCCUCGCGCCUGGGCGAGCGUCUGCGUGGACGCGCCCCGCUACCGCCGCGACCCGUGGGGCGAGGACAGCGGCAGCACCGACGACUCUUACGAGGACGACUCGGAUGGCAGCAGCGGCUCGGACGCGAGCAGCGACAGCAACCCCGCGACGCGGAUGCAGGCCGCCUUCAAGGAGGCCGCGCGCGCCAUCCUGCUGGCCCCCGCGCUGCGGCGCGUCAAGUUCAACUGGAGCCAGGAGGACGCGCACUGCGAGCGCGGCCUGGCCAUGCUCACGUCCGCGCUGCGACGCACGCGCGCCGCGGUGCGCGAGGUGGCCUUCCCCGACGCCGAGCACGACAACGUGGGCGGGCUGCACAGCGGGCUGUCCACCACGGCCGCCGACGUCGUGGACGAGCUGCUGCAGUUCCUGCGCGCCGACAAGGAGCACCUGCGCGUGCUGCACCUGGAGAGGGUCCUCAACGCCUCUUCCUUGUUCGACGAGGAGGACGACUGGUGGGGCGUGGACGACGGUGACGACGAGGACGACGACCCCGAGGACGACGACGAGGCCCUGUCCGUCAAGGUCGCCGACACGCUGGCCGAGCUGCAGCAGCUGGAGGAGCUGAGCCUGUACGUGGACGCCAAGCCCAAGUACCAGCCCGGCUUCCUCGGCCACGCCGGCCUGCCCCGGCUGCGGCGCCUCAAGGUGAUGCCGCACUACGCGGGCUACAACCCCGACAACGUGGACGGCAUGGUGGACUUGGUGAGCGCGCUGCUGGGCGGCGCCGCGCAGACCCUCCGCGUCGUGGACUUGAGCCACGACUUCUACCCGCUGCGGCCCAGGGCCAAGGCGCAGCUGGGCCGCUGCCGGCAGCUGCGGGGCCUGGCCUGCAACCUGGCCGACGUGGGCGUGGUGCGCGGCAUGCCGCACCUCCGCGAGCUCGAGCUCCUCGUCAACGACGACGACACCCACUACCUGCACUCGCACAACCUCGCCAACUGGCUGGACCCCGCCCCGGAGCUGCCCGCCCUGCUGCGAGCCAACGUCGACCUCCUGCAGGGCUGCUCGCUGGAGUCCCUGCGCGACCUGCGCGUCCGCGUGGUGUGGUCGCCCGCGUUCCCGAAGGAGGUCUUCGGCCCCCACAAGGCCCUCUUCGUGGAGCUGUUCGGCGCGCUGGCCGCCGCGGCGAGGCACGCCACCGCGCUGCACCUGGACGUCGGCGACCUCGGCAAGCUCCUGCCCGAGGCCUUCGCCCGCACGCUGCAGGCCAUGCGAGGGCUGCGGGUCGCGGACCUGGGGAGCUUCCGAGCCGACCUCGUGCCGCACCUCGUGGGACUGGAGCAGCUCAGGGAAGUGUCCGGGUACAUCUACUCGCGGGAGGACAAGCAGAAGCGCGUCGACGCCAAAAGCAUCCGGGACUUCAAGGCCAAGCGGCCCGAUGUAGUCUGCAGGAUCAAGGCCUGAUUCUCUCCGUGCCGACUUCAACAUGUGGCGAUAGGGUGUACUGUAUUUACAAUAGUCGGAGCCCACUAAAUUUGAUAUGCCCAUUGUUUUCUGAUGCCAUCAGCAAACAUGGCUCGACAGAUUUUACUUCGG